CAGAACACGACCACCGCCUCCUCUUCGUCCUUGACGCCCCCAGGCGCCCUAGGGUCAGAAACAGAGAAACACAGAGAAAGCGCCGCUACCACCGCUGCCGAGACCGGUUCACGAUCAUCCACUGUCGUCGACGGCGAGAUGCCUGAGCGCCCUGAAAACGUCGAAGAAGAGUUUGAGCGUGAGGCGUUGGGCCCCAGGCCCGGGGAGAAGGGCUGGGACAAGUAUGAGGUCACCAUAGGUCCGGACGACCCAGAAAAUCCGCAAACUUGGUCGAGACCAUACAAGUGGUAUCUGACGAUGCUCGGAGGUCUUCUCGUGCUUAAUGCAACGUUUGCGAGUUCAGCGCCAGAAGGCAUUGAAAUGGACCUCAUGGAAUACUUCACCUUUAGUGAGGAAGUCGCCGUUUUGACCAUCUCGUUGUUCGUCGCGGGUUACUGUGUGGGACCACUUGUCUGGGGUCCCUUGUCGGAGCAAAUAGGCCGGAGAAAUGUAUUCAUCAUCUCCUUCCUCUUCUACACGGGAUUUCAAGUGGGAUGUGCCCUCUCGCGGAAUACUGCAUCAAUCUUGGUCUUCCGCUUCCUGGGCGGGACGUUCGCAGCUGCACCAUUGUCUAACAGCGGCGCUGUGAUCUCAGAUAUCUGGGAUGCCGGGACGCGCGGAGAGGCGCUCGCGUUCUUCACGCUUGCGCCCUUCGCCGGCCCUACGAUCGGUCCUGUCGUGUCGGGCUUUAUGGCAAAUGCUGGUGUCAGCUGGCGGUGGUUGUUCUGGGUGCUCACCCUCUUCGCUGGUGCAUGUCUGAUCUUGAUCAUCUUCACGCUCCCUGAGACAUUCCUCCCGAUCCUCGUCGUUCGCAAGGCAAAACGGCUACGUAAGGAGACAGGAGACGAUCGUUAUUGGGCACCGUUCGAACGCAACACGGACACACUUGGCCAGCAUCUCAAGCGGGUCCUAGGCCGUCCGUUCGUUGUGCUUGCUCUGGAGCCAAUGCUCAUCGCCAUCACUCUCUACAUGAGUUUCGUAUACGGCUGCAUUUACCUCCUGUUCGAGGCCUACCCGAUUGUAUUCCAGGAGGGUCACAACCUCAACAUUGGUAUCUUCGGCCUGACGUUCCUGCCGAUCUUCCUGGGCGGUGUUGCUGGUGUUGUCACCUACCUGCUGUUUUUCAACCCGCGCUACAUCCGUGCGCAGAAGCACUACGCACCCGACCCGGUCCCACCUGAGCACCGACUCGAGCUCGCCAUGGUCGCCGCGCCGAUGUUCGCGAUUUCGUUCUUCUGGUUCGGCUGGACGUCGUACCCGUCGAUCAGCCUCUGGGCGCCACUCAUCGCGGGCUUCCCGCUCGGGUGGAGCAUCGUCUACAUCUUCCUCGCGCUCUUCAACUACAUAAUUGACGCCUACCUCUUCGUCGCCGCCUCCGCGCUCGCCUCGACCACCGUCGUGCGUUCGGUCUUCGGUGCGGGCUUCCCGCUGUUCGCCGGCCAGAUGUUCGACACGCUUAAUCCCCGCUGGGCGUCGACUCUCCUCGGGUUCAUCGCCGCCCUUUUGGCCCCCAUCCCGUUUGUGCUUUACAAGUAUGGUCACAUCAUCAGGAAGAAGUCGAAGUACGCCCCGACGAAGCCGCCGACCGUGCCCCUCGAGGAAAAGCCGACGGACCCGGCAGUGGAGAACGUCUAGAGAUAUCCUCGAUCGUCGUGUUGGCUCGCCCGCCUCGGGCUGGAAGCUGCCUGCUCUCGUCAUAUUUGUCAUCGCCACUCGCAUCUCUAUGCCCAUCACGCAUCUUACGCCUUGCAUCGCGGCCGCCUGUCAUAGGUUCAAUCAGGCCCGUUUACUCUCUGGUCUGACAUUACUACCCAUUGCUCCGUGCUUUUACGUCACACGCAUCCCUAAUUACGAUUCUCCACGACACAGAUCAGCCUAGACAUUCCUGGGACCUACGGUCAUCUCUAGCCUUUAGCAUAGUACGCACUGUAUCAUUUAGUCACCCGCUAGCGAUAGAUCUGGUAUACAACGAAUUUGCAUUGAAA